AUGGGAUACUGCCGUGCAUGCCUACAAUCCGCAGUGUGCAGGACAUAUUGGGUAUGGUAUGAUAGCGGUGGAAAUCUGAACACCAACCAGGUCAUCACUCAAGGAAGAAAAAAAAGUACAGGCGAAGGAGGAAAAAAAAAGAAGCGUAAAAAGAAAAAAAGAAACAAAGAAGAAAGGAAAAGAAGAGAACGGAAUGUCCGCCGACCAAGAAGACCGCGCCGCGCUCCUCGCCUCAGCAACCUCCUUCUGCGAGGCCUUCAGCGCCGCGGCGGACCCUAGCGACAUCCUCAAGGACCACUUCACGCGAGAGCAGGCCAACAUCCUCGUGCACGAGCACGGCCUCCCGCGGCUGGCGCCCUUCCUCGGCCGCGACUUCCGCGGGGCCGACGGCCUGUGCGAGUACCUGUCGCUCGUGUCCGAGUGUCUCAGCUUUGAGCGGAUGCGCUUUGGCGAGUACGUGGUCGACGCCGAGGCGCGCAAGGUCUCGGUGCGUGGCCGGGCGCGGUUCACGUGGAAGAGCACCGGCCAGAGCUGGGACGAGGUGUUCACCUACGUGCUCGCCUUCGACCGCGACCACAAGGUGGAGAAGUACGAGAUCUGGGCAGAUACGGGAGCCGCCUGGUUGGCAAGCCGAGGCGAGUUGACGGCUUAGGUUGGGAACGUUAUUUGGUUUACGGGGGGAAUAAUCUUUUGGACAGUCCGAAAAUGUCAUGUAAUACUCUCUCUCUCUCUCAUUCGUGCCAAAAGAAGAAGAAAAAAACAAACAAACAAGAAAACGCUGAAUAACAAGUUGGUAUGGCAUAAAAAAAUAACCUCUUGCGACCAACCUCUAUCCUGUUGAACCCAGUAUACAAACGUAAGUAUGAGAACCAAACUAACCCCGGCUGGCCAAUCCCCUCUAUCCCAGAUGCCCAAAUCAGAACAGA